CACUCUGAAAGUCAUCCAUCCCCCUUGUUCAACUAGAUCAUCAAGAGGAUAAGGCCAAUCCGAGCAUUGCGCAGAGGGGGUGCAGCUGCGGUAGUUGUGCGUCCCCACAUAUCAGGACCCGCAACGUUUGGCCACCUCGAUCGAGUUUAGAUUCGGCUUAGUUGGCAUCAUGUCAGCCGGUCCACGGGACUCGCAUCCCACCCACGGCGAGGCCGAUGGGUCGCCUGCCAACUCUUCUGCCGUUGGAAACCAUCAUAUACCAGGAGCCAAAUACCAGCCGCCAUUCGCUCCACAGGGUACAGAUCCUCCACCACCUCAAGCGCAUCAUCCCAACGCUGAAGCAUUCCUCAAUGCGGCUGCUAAACACACUUUUCCCGAUACGUCGGCACCUCGGGCUGACGAAGGGGAAUCUACACCAUCUGCUUCGUCUGAGGACCUUGCACCGGCUCAGAUCGAAUCGCCAGCUGCUGAGGAUGAACAAAAGCCCAUAAUCAAGGGGACUCCUCUGGAUGAAAUGAAGACACCAAUGCUGGAAAGGGGUCUCAGUGGAAACUUAUCGACCCUUUCAGAGAAGUCUGAUGAGACCUUGUCGACGAGACAACAGGGAUCAGCCAACCAAGAUGGUUCGCCCUCUGGCGAUACGCCUUCAGAUCGUCUCCAUGCCCCUCCCGAAGUACAGAGACAGGACACUUCGGAUACUCUUCGACAGAAAUCUUCCAUUCCAACGCUUAGGGUCCCGGCCGAAGAAGCAGGAGGCAGCAAUUCGAGCCCAGCCAAUGAAUCCUCUUCACGACCUAGAUCAAGUACGGAUGUUGGAGGGCUCACGUCCAGACGAGGUCCGAGGAGAUCGCGUUCGAGGACAGAAGUCGCCCCGCCUCAAGACAGGGACAUUGGCUCGGUUCGGAUGGGAGCCUCGGCAUUGUUCUCCGCCCUCAACGCCUUGCCAUGGGACGCUGACGACUCGGACGGACCGUCAAGUGACGAAGAAGAGCCUAUGUCUCGCCCUCGUCCAAUCGCCAAAGGCCAGAAGGCGCAUGCAGAUCAUUCUGAAAAGGCUCCCCGUAGAGAACGGCCACGAGUGUCCCGACUCCACUCGUCUCUGCAUACUAUCCGACCAAUGGGUUCAGCAACAGCCGACGAGGAUAUGGUCGAAGUGCCUCCUGCUUCUGCCUACGGCUCGCCUUCUGGCGAGUACAGUCAUCAUUUACAUUUCCCCUUCCGAGAGAACACCAUCGCUCGGCGUGCUCGGUCUCCAGGCCAAUCUGAGCUGGCAUACCAAUUUGCAGAAGCCGCACGAAGGCGGAAAUUGUCGCUCGAAGGCAAAGAAGAUGUACCGGACAUUUUGGGGGAUAUCGGAGAAGUUCCACCGCCCAGGAAAGAAGGCGACGAACUCGUUGUGUCUCCGGGCAUCGAGGAUGUCAUAAGCCGUGAUGAUAAGGCUGCACGAGCAGCGGUCGAGAACCGAGUAGCCCGUGAGCAGGGAAUCGGCAGAUUAGAAGAGGAGGAAGAGAUCGGUCAAACGGCAGAUCCACAGACUCUUCGAUCGAUUCAGUCUCGCGAAAGGAGCGUCUCGGACGCCAACGCGGACGCUGCCCUUCGAGAGGGAACAGAUGAGGAUGAGAUCAUUGAGGAGAGGAUGGAAGAAAACACUGAAGAAAGGAGGAGAUCGAGACGAGAGAUUUUGAGUCAGAAGCUCAUGGAGGUGUUCGGGUUGGAAGAGCGAGAGGAAGUUCUGGAGGAGAUGAAAUGCUGGCUGUUGAGGAGCGUCAUGCUCAAGGGUUACAUGUAUCUCACAAAGAAACAUAUCUGUUUCUUCGCUCACAUGCCGGAUAAAGAGAAUCUUGUAGUAAAGACGGGAGCUCUGUAUAAGAAAGCCUCGCGGACAAAGCUCAACAGCAAAUAUUGGGUCGUAUUGAAGAACGAUGUGUUGAGUUGGUAUGAGAGUACAGCGGAUCCAUACUUUCCCAAGGGGAACGUGUCGCUGCAGUACGCGUCUAGCUGCGAUCCUAUCGACGAGACUCGUUUCAAGCUUCGAACCUCGGAGCGCAACUAUACAUUUACCGCGGACACGGAGAAGUCGAGAGACGAAUGGAUCAAGGCGAUCGAAAAGGUCAUGUUCAAGACACAGCAUGAAGGAGAAUGCGUCAAGCUGAUCAUCCCUCUCGAGGCGGUGCUGGACAUUGACAAGUCUCCGACUUUGGAAUUCGCUGAUACCAUCGAGGUCAAAUGCGUCGACUCUGAUGACCAAAUGUCUGUUGAUUCAUACUUUUUUGCGUGCUUUCAGGACACCGAUCACGCUUUCAACUCCAUUCAACAGCUGCUUGACGAUCGACCGUCCGUUGAUCUGCCCCGAGUCUCGUCGCGAUUCUCAUUCGGCGACCAUGGUGACCGGGACGGCAGCAGUUCAGAUUCGGACGACGAAGAGACACGAUCGUCCAAACACAAACGAUCUGGACCACUUGGCCUACGCAAAGUUGCAGCUAUACUCAAGCCUGUCAUACCAGGGAUUGGACAUUCAAGUUCUGAUCAUGACAAGGAUAAGGCUUCCGACGACAGCAAGUCGAGCUUCUCGAUCCCUUUCGUCGGCCGACACAAACCGUCCAACGAUAGUCUCGAAACCCUUCGCACAGAUGAUCAUGCUCAGAACACGACACCGGCUACAUCCCAGAAUGACGACGACCAGGAUGAUGGCUACCCUCCGCGACAGAACGGUCGACCUCCAAAGGGGAUGGACGAGUCUGGAGGCAAGAGCUGGGGUCAAUGGAUCAAGAAGCCUACGACAAAAAUCUUUGGCACCUCAUCGGGAUCGUCCACUUCGUUGGCCCACAAGACCUCCCAUGGAUCCAGUACAGAGGUCGAACGAUCCCCGCGAUCGUCGACACAUCGACCACGGAAACAAUCCUCCGUCACUGAAGUGGUGGAGCCAUUCUCUCACGUCGAGAUGGACGAAGCGGAUGACGAGUUGUCGCUUGGUCGUAAGGAUCACUCGGAAGAGAUCCCAAGAAUGUCUUUCUCCUCGGAACAUGAGCAUGAAGCCGGUACGAGUGGGCAAAGCAAAUCUGAUUACGACAUGAUGGAGCGAAGUGAGAGUGGCGCGAAAGAGGACGAGGAUAUGGCGAACAAGUUUAGAAGCGUCUUUUCUCUCCCUGACAAGGAAGAAUUGAUCGAACAUUUCCCCGGAUACCUCUAUCGCGUUCUUCCGGUGUCAGGCAGAUUCUUCAUCUCGACAAAUUAUUUCUGCUUCCGAUCUUCCCAACUAUUGUACAAGACCAAGAUGAUCGUGCCUAUUCGCGACUUGUACGGUCUCAAGGCUCAGAAGGCCUUCCGCUUUGGUCACUCCGGUCUCAUCGUAGUCAUCAAAGGGCACGAAGAGCUCUUCCUCGAAUUUUCCUCUUCUAAACGCAGGAAAGCUUGUGUAGCAAUGCUAGAAGAGCGAAUGGAGGACGUACGGCUGGAGGCCAUGUCCGAUUCGGAUGAGGAUGAAGACGGGUCAAAGACGCUGGCGACGAGAAUCAUGGAAGACUUGGACGAAUCUGUUCCCAUGGAGAAUCGCACAGGACCUGGACCGGGUGUCUCGCCAUCGCCCAUGUUUGGCAGUACAACCAGCACAUUUCUGGAGUUCAAACCUGAUCCCAUGACCAUCACUUGUCUGACCAUAGGAAGUCGAGGGGAUGUACAACCUUACAUUGCGCUGUGUAAAGGUUUGCAAGCUGAAGGACAUCGAACGAGGAUUGCGACUCAUGGUGAAUACAAGGACUGGGUCGAAGGCCAUGGUAUCGAAUUUGCCAGUGUCGGCGGCGAUCCUGCAGAAUUGAUGCAGAUGUGCGUUGACAAUGGCAUGUUCACUGUUUCUUUCCUUAAAGAGGGCUUGCAAAAGUUCCGCGGCUGGUUAGACGACUUGCUAAAUUCGUCUUGGGAGGCGUGUCAGGAUUCCGAUCUGCUCAUUGAAAGUCCGAGUGCUAUGGGUGGUAUUCACAUCGCCGAAGCGCUGCAGAUACCGUACUAUCGAGCAUUUACCAUGCCGUGGACUAGAACCCGAGCGUAUCCGCACGCUUUCGCCGUCCCUGAGCACAAGCGAGGAGGAUCUUAUAACUACAUGACAUACACCAUGUUUGAUCAAGUCUUCUGGCGUGCAAUUUCCGGGCAAGUCAAUCGAUGGCGAAAGCAUACCUUGGGUCUUGAUGCAACCACAUUUGACAAGCUGGAGCAGCAUAAAGUACCGUUCCUAUACAACUUCUCGCCCAACGUCGUGCCUCCUCCACUCGACUGGACAGAGUGGAUCCAUGUGACAGGAUACUGGUUCCUCGAAAACGCCGAUGAAGGCUCUUCCAAAGACAAAUCGGAGUGGAAACCUCCUGAGGGGUUGCUCGAGUUUAUCGACAAGGCGCACAAGGAUGGCAAAAAGGUCGUCUACAUUGGCUUUGGCUCGAUCGUCGUCUCUGAUCCUGAGGCCAUGACUCGUUGUGUCGUCGACGCCGUUGUUGAUUCCGGUGUGUGUGCCAUUCUCUCCAAGGGGUGGUCAGACAGAGGCAGCAAAGCCAAAGGCGAGAGCAACGGAGAUUCCGAUGGCGCGGACGGCGUCAAGUAUCCGCCAGAGAUCUUCUCUAUCGAUUCGAUCGAUCAUACUUGGUUGUUCCCUCGUAUUGACGCUGCGUGUCACCAUGGUGGAGCUGGAACUUCGGGAGCGAGUCUGCGUGCCGGUAUCCCGACAAUCAUCAAGCCAUUUUUCGGCGAUCAGGCGUUCUGGUCUGAACGAGUCGAAUCUCUCAACGUCGGAUCAGCUGUUCGCAAACUCAAUCCGGAGAACCUUGCCGAAGCUCUGCGUAAGGCGACAUCGGAUGAGAAGCAGGUCGCAAAGGCAAAGGUCGUGGGGGAGAUGAUCCGCAAGGAAAAUGGAGUGGCACGGGCCAUUGAAGCCAUCUAUCGAGAUCUUGAAUACGCCAAAUCCCUGAUCAAGCCUUUGCCGUCUGAAGACAAGCAUCUGUCCAAAACGAACAGUCUGCUCCAUCCUCUCGGAAUAGAGUUGGAGAAGCUUGCCCCCAAACUGACUCCGAUGUCGUCUCGGAACAAGGAUCAAGCAUCGACACGCAAGGCUCGUUCUGGAUCGGACGCAAGUGAUCAGACGACUUCUGCAGCCCAAUCGACGACUUCGCUUCCUGAUUCCAAGAAUCAUUCGCGUUCCCAAUCGGAAGCCCAGUCGAGUGUUGCGAACACUCAUUCGAGUCCUCAGUCAUCUGCAGAAGGAGGCUACGGUGGACUCAACGGACACGGGAAUGGCGAUACGAGUGAUAGUGGAAGUUGGGACGUGUUAUCCGAGCGUGAGGGAGGUGGAAACCAUAGCCGAUAAG